UUUCUGCAAUUCCCAGACUUGGGAUUCCGUAUUUCUCUUCUCUCGGACUUUGAUAUGGCUUUCUUUUGAGGCACUGCUCCAUCAAUCUCUUUUACUGCCUUUGUAUUGGUACAAUCCUCUCAAGAUGAAAAGAAAAGAACCCACUCAUUUAGAAGAUCCGAUAUACGAGGCGUCUUCCUCGUCAACCUCUCCACAAGUAGGUGAUUAUGAAGGUGGAACCAAAAGGCCGAAAGGAAAUGACUAUGAAGUGUUUUUGAGCUUUAGAGGGAAAGACACUCGCAAAGGUUUUACCGACUAUCUCUAUACUAGCCUUGUCGAUGCAGGAAUUCACGUGUUCAGAGAUGACAAUGAGCUCCGUAUUGGUGAGGAGCUUGGUCCAGAGCUUCUUUGCAGUAUUACCCAGUCUAAGAUCUCGAUCCCGAUUAUCUCAGAGGACUACUCUUCUAGCAAAUGGUGCCUUCGCGAGUUGGCUCAAAUGUUGAAGUGCAAGAGAAGCAUAGGGCAAAUAGUGUUGCCCAUAUUUUACAAAGUGAGACCUUCGCAAGUGCGACGUCUUAUAGGGAGAUUAGGAGAUGCUAUCAAUGCACAUAAAGAGAAUUUGGACGAUAUGAUUUUGAAGGAAUGGAAAGAAGCGCUCAAAGAGGUCAGUUUAUUGAAAGGAUGGGAAUCGGAGAAAACUGAUAACGGGCAUGAAGGAGCAUUGGUUAAAAUUGUUGUCAGAAAAGUUAUGUGCGAGUUAAAGAGAACUUUUCCGCUAAUUGUUCCCAAAGAGUUGGUUGGAAUUGAUGAUCGUGUGGAAGAGAUUAUGAGCUUGAUAGAUGCUAAAUUUAAUAAUACAAGGAUUAUCGGAAUUUAUGGAAUGGGAGGCAUCGGUAAGACAACUCUUGCAAGGGUCCUGUACAACAAUCUCUCUAGUCACUUCGAGCAUCUUAGCUUCGUGGCAAGUAUUCGAGAAACAUCUCUACGCAAGGGUAUUGAAUGCCUACAAAAGCAGCUCAUUUACGAUAUACUAAGAAGUCCAUAUGACGUGUCUAACGUCGACGAGGGAACUGGUAUCAUCAAAACUCGAUUCAAAAGUAAGAAAGUCCUCAUUCUUCUAGAUGAUAUGGAUGAUAAAACUCACUUGAAUGCUUUGGCCGGAGAUAGUAGUUGGUUUAGAGCAGGAAGUAUAGUUAUCAUUACAACUAGAAACAAGAGUAUUCUUAACGAGGCUAGGGCAGGCUACAUGUACCAACUCAACGAGUUGCCUUUGGAUCAAUCUUUGAUUUUAUUUAGCAGACAUGCAUUCAAAAAGGAUUCUCCUCAAAGUGAUUAUGAGUUUAUCUCUCGUGAUAUUGUAUCUACUUCUGGGGGGCUUCCAUUAGCUCUUGAAGUUAUAGGCUCAUUUUUACGUGAAAAGACAAAAAAAGUAUGGAAAGAUACAUUAAAGAAAAUAAAGAAAGUUCCUAAUAAGAAAGUGCAAGAGACGUUGAGGAUAAGUUACGAAGCAUUAGAUUAUGAGGAGCAACAGAUAUUUUUGGAUAUUGCAUGUUUUUUCAUUGGAUCAUAUGAACAAAGUCCGACUUAUAUGUGGGAUGCCUGUAGUUUUUUCCCGGGGAAUGGGAUUGAAGCACUGAGUCUCAUGUCCCUAGUUAAAAUUGACAAAGACGGCAAGCUAAUGAUGCAUGAUCAAUUGAGAGAUCUUGGAAGGGAUAUUGUUCGUCUCGAAAAUCCAAUGGAGCCUCAAGAGCGUAGCAGAUUAUGGAUUUAUAUGGAAGCCGUAGAUGUGCUUGACAAUAACAAGGGUACUAGAAAGAUUGAGGCCCUUCGUCUUGGCAAAUAUGGUAGAGAAAGAAGAUACACAGCUGAACAAUUUAAAGAACUAACCAACUUGAGGUUCCUUCAAGUGGAUGGUGCAAAUUUCACCGGAAAUUUUCAAAACUUGCUUCCUCAAUUAAGAUGGCUUCAGUGGCAAAGUUGUCCAUUGGAUUUUGCGGCAGUCAACUUUCAUCCAAAGAAAUUAGUCGUGCUCGAUUUAUCGUGGAGUGGGAUUUCGGAGGACUGGGGAGGAUGGGGUCCACUCAAGAUGGCAACUGAACUAAAAGUUCUCAACCUCUCAAAUUGUCCUUCUUUAAAACGAACUCCUGACUUGUCUGCUUUUGAAAGCUUGGAAAUUUUGAAUCUUGAAAGAUGUUCAGAGCUGCAAGAGAUUCAUCCUUCUCUCGGGGACAUCAAGACCCUUGUCUCCUUGAAUGUCAAACAUUGUAUAAGACUGAAGGAGCUUCCAGCGGGAGUAGGUAGAAUGGAAGAAUUGAAGGAGCUUAUCUUAUAUGAUACCGCUAUAGAAGAGAUUCCUAUUUCGAGAGGUUGUUUGAUGAAGCUAGAGACUCUAGAUGCCACGUUAUGUGAAAAACUUGCUCAACUUCCAGAAUCCAUGGACUCUCUUGUGUCAUUAACUAAGCUAGACUUAGAUUUUUGUUCAUUAGCCAGCAUACCCAGCUCCAUAGGCCAUCUACCAUCUCUACAGCAAUUGUCAUUACAUGGAUGCGAGUUGUUGAGAGAGAUCCCCGACUUGAUCGGACAGUCAUCAUCAUUAACUAAGCUGGAUUUAAAAUGGACAGGAAUUGAGGAAUUUCCUCAAAGGAUUGGGAAUCUGCAGAAAACUGGAUCUUGGACAUACGAGAAACUCACAUCACAGAACUGA